UGCGAGUUCAAACUUCAUGCCAUAGUGGACGGCUGUAGGAAAAUCGAUACACUCUUACACAAAACGGUGCAAUGUGGAGUUUUCUUAGAAAUUAAUAGAUAUUUCCCGGUUUACAUUCAUUAAACGUGUUUUAUUCAUCGAUAAUAUAUUUGAGCACGUUUAUAUAUUAGCUAAAAACAUGCCAGGCGAAGGUAAUCUUGGUGAUGUAAAAUUUAUCUUAAGAAAUGGCGUCAAAAUGCCCGCUGUUGGAUUGGGAACAUUCCGUAUUCGUAACAGUGAGGUUCUAUAUAGGACAGUAGAUUAUGCUUUGGAGGCUGGAUAUCGUUUAUUUGAUACCGCAGCAGUUUAUCAAAAUGAACUAUUCCUGGGAUAUGCUCUGCGAAAGCUAUUGCCGAAACACGGCCUAACACGAGAAGACGUAUUUAUUACAACUAAAUUAGCGCCAGCUGAUCUUAGCGGUGACCGUGUCGCAGAUGCAUUUAAAAAGUCCUCAGAUAAUAUAGGCUUGGACUAUAUUGAUUUGUAUCUGAUCCACUUCCCAGGUGCAGCAAAUAUAAAUGCACAAAAUCCGAAAAAUGCGGUAUUACGCGUUGAAGCCUGGAAGGAAAUUAUCAAACUUUAUGACCAAGGUAAAGCGAAGGCCAUUGGUGUGUCAAAUUUUACAAUAAAACAUUUAACGGAAUUGGCCGAAGCUACCGAUGUAGAACCUAUGGUGAAUCAGAUUGAGUGGCACCCGCACUAUUACCAAGACGACAUGCUGCAAUAUUGCGAAAGUCAUAACAUACGAAUACAAGCGUAUUGCUCCUUCGGCGGAUUAGCUGUAAGCAAUAAUACUCUAAUGGAGGAGAGUAUUGUGAGGGAAAUAUAUGGCAAAUACAAAGCAACCCCCGCCCAGGUAUUGCUGGCGUGGUCUUUACAACGAGGAGUGGCUGUUAUCCCCAAAUCCUUGACACCGCACCGAAUAAAAUCGAACAUUCAAAUUAAUUUUAGAUUAUCUCAAGAAGAUCUGGUGCGACUUGACUCCUUAGGAAAAGCUAACAUUAAAUAUGCUUGGGAUCCGCAUAAUAUUGCAUGAAACCGGCUUCAUUCAGACGAAUUUCAAUCUGAUCCGUAAAUUGCUCUCUGAGCUCGAUCAGUGUUGAAAUUACGUUUGAAAAGAACAAAUGAUGAAUUUUGUGGAUAUCACCAAGUAAAUCGUCUGUCCUUUCUUACUAUACGAUUUUCGAUGUACUUGUUAAUUACAAUAAUGUACAAACAUUAUUGUAAUUAACUACGAUAUUUAAAUAUAUUGUAAUGUUUGAAAGAUUGUCUUCAUAUAUUCGGGUGUAGUGAUAUUGCGAUUUUAUUUUAUAAAGAAUUCUCUUCAUCUAUCCUAUAAAAAUGUAAAAAUAAUUUAAAGAAAAACUCCAUAGGUUUAUGUAAUAAAUAUUGGAACGAGUAAAACAUUAAUACAGGUACAGCUUUAUCUUAAAGAUAUUAUAAUUCUUUCGUAUUAAAUAAUAAAAAGUACUAGACAGUAAAAUAUAUUUUAGAGAUGUGGGCUUCUUGAAAUGCGGUCAUUGUGGUUGAGCGCAUAACUUUAUCGGCAUUGAUGUUUCUAUGUUACCCCUAUAAUGAUACGUAGAAAAUUUAUGGACAUUAACGAACUCGUCUCAUUCUCGAUUAGAUUAGUGUAAUUGUUAUUUAGUGUGAAAAAAUAGUAAAUAGUUUAGAAGGUGCACAUUUUAUCGUCAGAAAGGCAAGUGAUAAUAAUAUCUAUAAAGUACAGGUUAAACUAUUAUAGGAUAAUCACGCUUUUUGGUUAAAUAGGAUAAUUUUAUUUCAUAGUUACUAUGAAUGGUAGUGAUAUUCAGUAAGAACUCGCUUCUGACUUACGCUGAAACAAGUAUCCCAUAAAUUCAUAACAUUAUACGAACGUUUUGCGGUAAGUUUCGAAUUUGUUCUUACAGAAUAGCUCUACUGAAGCUCAAUUUGUAAGUGUCGGGUGAAAAUAUAUGAUAAUUAUCCAAUAUAAAUUUAAAUUUCAUAUCGAUUUUUGUGGAUAGAUAUUAAAUACAGCGAAUGGAGAUGAUGCUUAAAGUUGGCAAAGCAAGAUAUUUUGAAGAAACCAAGUGAUAAUUGCCCUUGGAAUGCCCUUGGAUCCUAGGGCAUCACCCUAGGAUCCAAGGUCACGAUCAAAUCAAUCACACAAAACAACCGGUAACGUAAAACUAGCUUGUUGUCGACAUUAAUAUUGGUUGUAAUACAAUGCUAAAAUGUAACUGGCAUUUAUUUUCAAACUAUUAACUUACAUUAAAUGUUAAGUACUUUAAUUAUAAUAUUAUAAUAAAUCUUCUUGGUAUUAA